UCAGUUUCAUUUUAAGAUGCUGCGCUUACUGAUCUUCGUGGGAGUGUGUAUCCUGGGCUGCCGGGCACAGUGCAAUACGUGCCAUGAUAAUGGCGUGUCCUGCAUUUCGCGGACUGAAUUCCAAUUCUGUACUCUUGCAUCCACCGAAGGCGUACCCGUUGGAGGUUCCUACACCUGCCCCACUGGAUACUACUGUACAAAGGACCUACCUAUUUGCAGCACAGUGGAAACAUCAGUUGAAUGUCCAGGCUGCAAUACUUGCAGCACUGAUAAACGUUUUGCCUGCACCGGUAGGAAUACCUUCGCCUUGUGUCUAGGACAACCGACUCCCAGUACAUCGAUUGGAGGAAGUUGCGGUGAUUUGAUAUGCAGUUUGAAUAAUGAAAACAUCUGUGGUGAUCCCACCGAAAACACGGUGACCUGUUCCGGAUCAGGUCCCGAUUGUGGAUCCACAACCAUAAGCAAUGCCACCGAAUAUUGUCAAACCAUUAAACAAACUGGGAGAUUUCCCUAUGGCGGUGUUACCUCGACCACCUGCCAUCAAUAUGUGAACUGUUUUACUGUUGCUGGCAUAUUUCAAGGAAACGUUUACACCUGUCCUGGACUCACUUACUUCGACAGCACCUCCCACCAAUGCACCACCCAAACGCAGGCCAGGUGCUCGGAUACUAUAUCUUGUCUGAAUCUGAAUGACCGAUUGUUGCCGUAAGGGCUUAAAGCAACUAUCUUUAUAGUGGUUAACAUCAGAAGGCAAGGGAAUCUUAAUCAAAUAAAAGAAGUGCCUUACAAACGCAAAGGUUUACUAGCCAGAUAGCAACGAUGAUUAGAUUGUGAUUAUAAUAGACUAUAAAUGGUUCUUAGUUAUAAAACUCUCCCAAGUACGUAAAAGUUUACAGAAAUCGGUUUUUGAGGUACUCCAUUAUAAUAGAAAAUAAAUAUUUUUAUUUCUGCUUGAAAAUACAAAAUUUCAAAACCAAA